CAUCAAGGAGCGAACCUGUAUCUCCCACCAACCCCUUUCCAAGAGAAAUUGAUCGCCAAUAACCCGUUCGACGACAGCCACAAUGCUAGCGCACAUCUCAAGGGAAAUGUAGCGAAGAAUUUCCCGCCCGGGAAAGGUCAAUACAUGAGCCGCGAGAAUGGAGGAGCAAUGUACCCGUGUGGGGUGUGUCAUAAAGAAGUGCACGACAACGACCAGGCCGUAUUUUGCGAGCCGGGCUGCAACUUUUGGUUCCACAGAAUUUGCACUGGACUAACUGAAGCAGCAUUCCACAUGCUGACGCAGGAGAUCGCUGCUGAGUGGGUCUGUGAUAAGUGUGCUGUGCACAACAAAGUACCGCUUGUGAGAUUCAAACAAUAG